ACCAGUUAAUACAAAAUGUUUUUGUGUUAAAAACGUAAUGUAAAAUUGUGACAUCAGUAUGAAUAAAUUUAAUCAUUUUGUUUUUAUUUUCAUAGUAGUACAAUGUUAUGCUGCAGUAAAUAUCGAAAAAUUUACCGAAGAUUCCGCGUUCAAUGACAGUGAACGAACGGCAAGUAAUAAAUCAUUGACUAUUGCCGACUGGAGAAUAUACGAUGAAUCUGAAGAGGAAGACAAAUCUUUAUCAGAUUUUGACUAUGAGGACAACACUAAUGAGUAUGACUUCUCUGGUGAAGAUCAAAACGACAGUCCUGAAAUAGAGAAGAUUGAAAGAACAUCAGAAACAAAAGCUAAACGACCAGCUAUCUUAACUGAUUCCAAAACGAAGACAGUAGAUGAUGAACAGAAAUCGGAAGAAGAUAAAGAAACUCAUCAUAAUAAUGUGGAAGAGAUUCCAGAAUUAUUGUUACCAAGAAGGAGAACAAUGAACCCACGUCCAGAUGUCAAAAUUCCAAAAACUGUACCUUCAGUUGCCGACUCUGAUUAUCCUCUAGCGACACCACAUCCAUUUCCGAUGUUCAGACCCAAUUUCGGCCAGUUCCCGAAUCAACUAUACAAGACGCCAUUGCCUAACUAUCCGACAAGAUUUCCGAUAUACGAGUAUUUGAAUCCACUUCGUGAGCCGCCAAAGCCUACCUUCAAUUUUAUGGGCAGCCCCGCAUACAGUUACAUGAGUCAGGAUACGACAAAUAACUAUCCCUAUAUGGGACAAAAGAGUUUCGCGUCCAUAACUUUUAAACCAUUCUUACGAUCAUACAUGCAAUAUCAGUUUUAA